UUUGACCCGUUUGUUUACGUUGUCGCGCGCGGAGAGCUAACUAACGACAUGGCUCGCUAACAGAACCGCCGCUUCGUCGACACCUGCGUCGUCGGUACUUGAUGUUUUGCAGCAAAACCGCGCCGGCCCUGACUAGGGCGAGUUCGGACGUUGGCCGACGACUCCUCUCCUCCGCCUCUUCGUCCACCUCGGCGGCCCACCCGGAGCGGGAGGCGGACCAUGACAGGAGACAGUAUGGGGGCGCAGGGGGAGCCCGGGCGGCCAGCAAAACUAUCUCCGUCGACUUUGAGCAAACACGAGAGGCUUAUAGGAGCAAGGACUCUCUGGAGCUGCUCAGAAGUUUGGUCGUUUUCAAACUGUGCUCCUACGACUUCCUGGUUGAUAAGAACGAAGAGAUAAUGGAUCUUGGAAAGAAGAUCCUGGGUCAGAAGGUCUUCGACCAGGUCAUGAAGAUGACGUUCUACGGCCAGUUUGUUGCUGGUGAGGACCACUGGGACAUCAAGCCGCUGAUCCAGAGAAACCAGGCUUUCGGCGUUGGCUCUGUUCUGGAUUACGGUGUUGAGGAAGACAUCAGCCAGAAGGACACAGAGCAGCAAGAGAUCAGCUCACGUGUGCCUGCCGCUGCGGGGAACGGCAGCAUAGGCGGGGACCACAGCGAGGAGGCAGCGCGCAAAGCGUUUGGCGACAGUCGGGGGGGAGAGCACCGAGCGCGCACGCACCGCGACGCCGAUGAGAUCAAAUGUGACCGGCAUAUGGAAACCUUUAUAAAAUGCAUUAAAGCAUCUGGCGGGGGCUCGAUGGACGGAUUUUCCGCCAUCAAAAUGACCGCACUGGGACGACCCCAGUUUCUGCUUCAGUUCUCAGAGGUCCUGAUGAAAUGGCAGCGGUUUUUCACAUUUCUGGCAUCGCAGCAGGGGAAAGAGGGCCUGGAGACCUUAGAGCAGAGGCUGGAGCUGACGCAGCUGCAGGACUUUUUGACCAAGCUGGGUGCAAAAGGGGACUUCUGCGGCUGGUUUAAUGGAAAGAGAAAAGACUCUUCAGGAUACAUUGACAUGCUUGACUGGAACAGUCUCAUAGAUGACAGAGCAAACGUGCCAGAUCUGCUUGUUGUUCCAAAUGUAGAGCUGGCUGAGCUGGAGCCUCUGAUGCUAAAGUUCUCCAUAGAGGAGGAGAAACAAAUGCAGAGGAUCUUACAACGUCUAGACGUCUUGGCAAAGCAUGCCCUGGAAAACGGCGUUCGCUUGAUGGUGGACGCCGAGCAGACCUAUUUCCAGCCGGCCAUCAGCAGGCUGACUUUGGAGAUGCAGAGGGUCUACAACAAGGACAAGCCGGUCAUUUUCAACACCUACCAGUGUUACCUCAAGGAGACUUACGACGGUGUAACUGUGGAUGUGGAGCUUUCUAAACGGGAGGGUUGGCAUUUCGCCGCCAAGCUUGUGCGCGGGGCCUACAUGCAUCAGGAGAGGCAGAGGGCCAGAGACAGAGGAUACGAGGACCCCAUCAACCCCGACUACGAGUCCACCAGCAGGAUGUAUCACAGGUGCCUGGACCACGUGCUGGACGAGAUUGCGCUCAGCGGAAAGGCCAGCGUCAUGGUCGCCUCCCACAACGAGGACACGGUGAAGCACACUUUGAAAAGAAUGAGCGAGCUGGGCCUCUCGCCGGCGGAGAACAGAGUGUACUUCGGCCAGCUGCUGGGCAUGUGCGAUCAGAUCAGCUUCCCACUGGGGCAGGCGGGUUUCCCCGUCUACAAGUACGUCCCCUACGGCCCCGUGGGCGAGGUGAUGCCCUACCUGUCCCGCCGGGCGCAGGAGAACCGCGGCUUCAUGAGGGGCGCCCAGAGGGAGCGGGAUCUGCUGUGGAGGGAGCUGAAGCGCAGACUGGCCUCCGGGGAAAUCCUCCACAGACCGGCCUUCUGAAAAGCGAAGUUACCGUAAAAAGGGGACGAAGGCUUCCAGGCGGGGAUGAAGCCUUUGGAAAUCAACAAAAAAGUAAUAAUUUCCAGUCCGGCCCUGAACAGCGCGAUGGAAAGCAGCAGAUUUCUGAUGAGUUUUCCUGACUGUGAACGUCCCCGGCAGGGCCCCGCGCCGUCAGAAACUUGAUGUAAGCUUUGCCUCACUUUGCUACCUGUUGGUCUGAGAUGUAGCUAUGCAUACAGCCAUUUUCACGCGGAUAGCAAUCACAAGCUGACUGUUUAGUCCUGUCAAGCUGUUUCGGUUAAAUUGGCGCUUGUUAGUUCUGCAUAAAUGCACAGUAGAACCCGGGGGUAGCGAGGAGUUAUUUGACCCGACCAGAUGGGAUUUUUGCAUUGCAACUCCAUUAAAGGC